CUGGUAGCAUUCUGUUCAGUAGCUCACCGUGGAAAAGGAUGGUCUGUGCUUGAAAUUGUUGAGGCAUGAGACGAUUCUGUAACUGAAAGGCAUUCUUCAUGCUGCUGGAAUAUAUUACCAGAGGAAUACCACAGUAUUUUGCUUCUACCUCUCCUGCAAACUAGAUGAAAAGAGACCAAAUGUAGGCAAGGUUAAUAGUUUUCUCCUUGCUUGUGGAUUGAAUACAUUCAAGUGGCUGGCUUCCCAGCCCCCCUGCAGGAGCAAAUACUAUUGGAGCACUGAAUUGGGACAUUGUAUGCUGAAGCCUGGCUUGAUCUCUAUACGAUUGUGUGUAUGUUGUUGUUGGAAUUGGCAGGCCAACAGGCCCGGAAACAAGCAGGUGCUGUCUAUAUGGAGAAAAGCGGCUGUAGUCCAUUCCCAAUAUGCUGGGCUAAAGAAUAUGACAGAUACCUAGCAUCUAGCAAAACGAUGGCAGCAGCUUACCUUGAUCCAAACUUGAAUCAUACACCAAGUUCAAGUGCAAAGACACACCUCAGUACUGGGGUGGAGCGUUCCCCAGGGGCCAUGGAACGAGUCUUAAAGGUCUUCCAUUACUUUGAAAGUAGCAGUGAGCCAACAACGUGGGCCAGUAUUAUCCGGCACGGAGAUGCUACUGAUGUCCGGGGCAUAAUUCAGAAGAUAGUGGACAGUCACAAAGUAAAGAAUGUGGCCUGUUAUGGAUUACGGCUCAGUCACCUGCAAUCUGAGGAAGUCCACUGGCUACAUCUGGACAUGGGUGUAUCCAAUGUGAGGGAGAGGUUUGAAUUAGCCCACCCUCCAGAGGAAUGGAAAUAUGAACUGCGAAUCCGAUAUUUACCAAAAGGAUUUCUGAAUCAGUUUACUGAGGACAAGCCAACACUAAAUUUUUUCUAUCAGCAGGUGAAAAAUGAUUAUAUGUUAGAAAUAGCAGAUCAAGUGGACCAGGAAAUUGCUUUGAAGCUAGGUUGCCUUGAAAUCCGGAGAUCGUACUGGGAGAUGAGGGGCAAUGCACUAGAAAAGAAGUCCAACUAUGAAGUUUUAGAGAAAGACGUUGGUUUAAAGAGAUUUUUUCCGAAGAGUUUGCUGGAUUCUGUAAAGGCCAAAACACUAAGAAAACUGAUUCAACAAACGUUUCGACAGUUUGCCAUCCUCAAUAGAGAAGAAAGUAUUCUGAAAUUCUUUGAGAUCCUGUCUCCAGUAUACAGAUUUGACAAAGAAUGCUUCAAAUGUGCUCUGGGUUCAAGCUGGAUUAUUUCAGUGGAGCUGGCGAUUGGCCCAGAAGAAGGAAUCAGUUACCUUACAGACAAGGGCUCUAAUCCUACCCACCUGGCAGAUUUCAAUCAAGUGCAGACUAUUCAGUAUUCAAACAGUGAAGACAAGGAUAGAAAAGGGAUGUUACAGCUCAAAAUAGCAGGAGCACCUGAGCCUCUGACAGUGACAGCACCAUCCUUAACCAUUGCAGAGAAUAUGGCUGACCUGAUAGACGGAUACUGCAGACUGGUGAAUGGAGCCACGCAGUCUUUUAUUAUCAGGCCUCAGAAAGAAGGUGAAAGAGCUUUACCAUCAAUACCAAAGCUGGCCAACAAUGAGAAGCAAGGAGUAAGGUCGCAUACAGUCUCUGUAUCAGAUGAAAUUAGUGGGGACGAAACAGAUGACUAUGCAGAGAUUAUAGAUGAAGAAGAUACUUACACAAUGCCCUCAAAAAGCUAUGGAAUAGAUGAAGCCAGAGAUUAUGAGAUUCAGAGAGAGAGAAUUGAACUGGGACGCUGUAUCGGAGAAGGACAGUUUGGAGAUGUACAUCAAGGAGUUUACAUGAGUCCAGAAAAUCCAGCUAUGGCUGUUGCAAUCAAAACAUGUAAAAACUGCACUUCAGACAGCGUGAGAGAGAAAUUCUUACAAGAAGCCUUAACAAUGCGUCAGUUUGAUCAUCCCCACAUUGUGAAGUUGAUUGGAGUUAUUACGGAAAACCCAGUCUGGAUAAUCAUGGAGCUCUGUACACUAGGGGAGCUGAGAUCAUUUUUGCAAGUAAGAAAAUACAGUUUGGAUCUGGCCUCUCUGAUACUAUAUGCUUAUCAGCUUAGCACAGCACUUGCCUACUUAGAGAGCAAAAGAUUUGUACAUAGGGAUAUUGCUGCUAGAAAUGUGCUGGUAUCCUCCACAGACUGCGUGAAAUUAGGAGACUUUGGUUUGUCCCGAUAUAUGGAAGACAGUACUUACUAUAAAGCUUCCAAAGGAAAAUUACCUAUCAAAUGGAUGGCUCCAGAGUCAAUCAACUUCCGACGUUUUACCUCAGCUAGUGAUGUGUGGAUGUUUGGUGUGUGUAUGUGGGAAAUUUUAAUGCAUGGAGUAAAGCCCUUCCAAGGAGUGAAGAACAAUGAUGUGAUUGGUCGAAUUGAGAAUGGUGAACGGUUACCAAUGCCUCCAAACUGCCCUCCUACUCUCUACAGCCUUAUGACCAAGUGCUGGGCAUAUGACCCCAGCAGACGACCCAGGUUUACUGAACUUAAAGCACAGCUCAGUACAAUACUGGAGGAAGAGAAGCUGCAGCAAGAAGAACGAAUGAGAAUGGAAUCAAGGCGACAAGUCACAGUGUCCUGGGAUUCAGGAGGAUCAGAUGAAGCCCCUCCCAAGCCCAGCAGACCUGGUUAUCCCAGUCCAAGAUCCAGUGAAGGGUUUUAUCCUAGUCCACAGCAUAUGGUACCGCCCAAUCAUUACCAGGUCUCUGGCUAUCCUGGUUCUCAUGGGAUACCAGCCAUGGCAGGCAGCAUUUAUCCUGGCCAGGCAUCUCUUUUGGAUCAAGCAGAUUCCUGGAACCAUCGGCCUCAGGAAAUAUCAAUGUGGCCCCCCACCAUGGAGGAUUCUGGCACUUUGGACAUGCGAGGAAUGGGACAGGUCCUACCAACACAUCUAAUGGAGGAGAGAUUGAUACGACAGCAACAAGAAAUGGAGGAAGAUCAGCGCUGGCUUGAAAAAGAGGAGAGAUUCCUGAAACCUGAUGUGCGGCUCUCCAGAGGCAGCAUAGACCGAGAGGACGGGAGCCUCCAGGGCCCGGCUGGUAACCAACACAUAUAUCAGCCUGUGGGUAAACCAGAUCAUGCAGCUCCGCCAAAGAAACCACCUCGUCCUGGAGCCCCCAGCCAUUUGGGUAGUCUUGCCAGUCUCAACAGCCCUGUGGACAGCUACAAUGAAGGAGUGAAGCUUCAGCCACAGGAAAUCAGCCCUCCCCCCACUGCCAACUUGGAUCGUUCCAAUGACAAGGUGUAUGAGAAUGUAACUGGACUGGUGAAAGCUGUAAUAGAAAUGUCCAGUAAAAUCCAGCCUGCCCCUCCAGAGGAGUAUGUGCCCAUGGUGAAGGAAGUUGGUUUGGCACUACGAACUUUACUGGCAACAGUAGAUGAGACCAUUCCAGUGCUCCCUGCAAGCACUCACCGAGAGAUUGAGAUGGCACAGAAGCUGUUGAACUCUGAUUUGGCUGAACUGAUUAACAAGAUGAAAUUGGCACAGCAAUACGUCAUGACUAGCCUGCAGCAGGAAUACAAAAAGCAAAUGCUCACAGCUGCUCAUGCUCUGGCUGUGGAUGCCAAAAACUUGCUGGAUGUUAUUGAUCAAGCCAGACUGAAAAUGAUUGGUCAGUCCAGACCCCAUUAAACACUGAGGAAGAAUUUUUUGUCGUUCUUUUUAGGAAUAUUGCUCAUGUAAGGAUGUUAUCUAGCCUUCCACCAGCGGUGAGGAUUAACCCUGCAUAGUCCUGGAUUUCCAGUGACUCCUGCUUCAUCAGACCUGAUUGACAGCUGUUGGUUUUCUCUCUCUCUCAUUAUAAAAGUUUAACCAAGUUUUUACCAUAAAGCCAAGAUGGUCUGGGAUUCAAAAUGUGGCAUUAUCGCAGAAUGAAGUUUGUACAGAAGCCCUUGGGAAUCGUGACUGGGGAAGACAAUUACAUUUUACAUCAUCACAUAGGAUGUGUGUUACCUAAAAUUGCCAAGGGGUUACAAUCUCAGAGCCAGGACUGUCCGAGCUGCAGAUUGGAGAAAAAUAUUGUGAGGUGAAGAAUUCUGGGAAACCUCAGGGCUGAGAAUUCUUGCCCACAGUAUGCAAGCUAUCCAGACUGGAAUUUUUUAUUAGAACACUUACGUCGCAAUAUGCUAAUCACGAUUUACAGAGAAAGAAAAUAAAAAAGCUCUAUUUUCAAGACUUCAGCCAUUUCAAAAGAAACUAAAGCCCUCUUCAUCUUUCUGCCUUUUACUUUUAUGUGGAUGUGUGAAACAUUUGUUUGGAAACUAGCUGUAGAACACAACUGAAAACUCUUGUAUGUCUUUUCACCAGAAUAACUUGCCAGUUUUUUGUAGCAAUGUUAUUUUCCUUGGAAGCAAAAAGCUGCUUUGUACCAGAGCAACUCAGAGCCGCAUUUAGAAGAGAAGUUCUGUAACCAUAUGUGUUCCCCAUUUUUAUAUAAUUUAUACAGAAAGAUUAAAGCCAUGUUGAAUAUUCUAAAUCCACUGUAGUUAACUAACCCAUCUUUGAGUCUAUCUUGCCUGGGAGGAGUUACAGCAGAGCAGUGUGAAUGUUUUCUUUGAUUUUUUUUUCCAGUUACACCAUCUGUUCUGUUAAAUAAAAACCACCAUGCUCCCUUUUGUUUGAUGGGGGUUAUAAAUUAUUCUCAGGAAGAAUAUAAUGAACUGUACAGUUACUUUGACCUAUUAAAAAGGUGUUACCAGUGAA